AUUUGGUGGUAUUAGUAUUGAUAUGUCCAAAAGGGAGAACUCAUUGUUAUUUAAAAUCCCAAAACCACAUGUUACAGAGCAUACCUACUAAUUUUUGCAAUAAUGGAGAAAGCGUUCACAUUUUUUCUCUUAACACUCUUGUUGCUUAUGACUAGUUCAGUCAUGACCCAAACUAACUUUACUACUGAUCAAUUAGCUCUUUUGUCCUUAAAAUCUCGAAUCAUUUCGGACCCCUCUCACUUCUUGGAUGAAAACUGGUCUCUCGCUUUUUCUGUUUGUCAUUGGGUUGGAGUCACUUGUGGCUCUCGCCACCAUAGAGUAAAGUCCUUGAAUCUUUCCAACAUGGCUCUUACUGGGGGAAUUCCCCGUGAAUUUGGAAACCUCACAUUUCUUGUUUCUCUCGACCUGGGAAGCAACAAUUUCCAUGGAAAUUUGCCUCAAGAAAUGACACGCUUGCGUCGGCUUAAGUUUCUUGAUUUAAGUUUCAACAGCUUCAGCGGGAAGGUUCCUUCUUGGUUUGGAUUCUUACACCAACUUCAAUUUCUAAAUCUUAGGAAUAAUAGUUUCACUGGUUCUAUCCCGUCUUCAUUUUCUAAUAUUUCCAAACUUGAGAAUUUGAAUCUGAAAUUCAAUUCCAUAGAGGGUAAAAUCCCAAAAGUGAUUGGAAGUCUUAUAAACCUUAGAAAAUUAAACUUGAGGGGUAACAAGUUCAUCGGUUCUAUUCCUCUGUCACUCUCGAAUGUCUCAAGGUUGGAGAUUUUAGAUUUAUCUGCAAAUUUACUUCAAGGGAACAUUCCAGAAGGGAUCGGCUAUCUUCACAACAUGAACUUGUUGGGCAUACAAUAUAAUCAACUUACGGGUUCUAUACCGUUAACAAUUUUCAAUAUUUCUGGAAUUGAAGUCAUUGCAUUUACAGGCAAUGGCUUAUCAGGAAAUCUCCCCAAUGGUUUAUGCAAUGGUCUCCCAAUACUUAAAGAACUUUAUCUGUCUUCUAACAAGCUUCGCGGUCAUAUGCCUAAAAGCUUAUCAAAUUGUUCACAACUUCAACUAUUGUCUUUAUUGGAAAAUGAUUUUGAUGGACCAAUACAUAGUGAAAUUGGAAGAUUGAGUAACUUGCAGAUAUUAGAACUCGGAGCUAACCAUUUCACUGGGAUAAUUCCACAGGAAAUUGGAAAUCUUGUUAAUUUAAUGGAAUUAGGUGUGAAGAGAAACCAGAUUACCGGUUCUAUCCCAAUCUCCAUUUUCAACAUCUCAUCACUGCAAGUGUUGUCAUUGACGUGGAACAAUCUUAGUGGAUUCUUACCACGGGAAAUUGGAAACUUAACCAAAAUGCAAGUUUUAUCUCUUAGCAAAAAUAGGUUUACUGGUGAAAUACCUAAAGAGAUAAGCUAUCUCGUUGAGUUGGAGGCAUUAGCUAUUGCGGAUGAUGGUUUGAGUGGUCCACUUAAUAUGGAGAUAUUCAACAUAUCAGCACUGAGACGAAUGGCUCUUUCAUUCAACAAUCUAUCAGGAAGCCUCCCACCAAACAUAGGUUCUAUCUUACCCAACAUUGAACGUAUUUAUAUGAGUGACUUAACCAAUCUUGUUGGGACUAUUCCACAUUCAAUCUCCAAUUGUUCAAAACUUACUCGUCUAGAGCUUUCUAACAACAAACUCACUGGCUUGAUUCCCAAUUCUUUUGGGUAUUUGAAGCAUCUACAGCUCCUAAACUUGGAGGGAAACAAUUUAACAAGUGACUCAUCAUUAAGCUUCUUGACUUCCUUAACCAAUUGCAGACAUUUGACGAUUCUUUCUCUGUCUUUGAACCCUCUAAAUGGCAUGCUUCCAGUCUCUGUAGGUAACCUUUCCACAUCUCUUCAAAGGUUUUAUGCAGCAAUUUGUGAAAUCAAUGGGCGAAUUCCAAAUGAAGUUGGGAACUUAAGCAGCUUAUUUUUCCUUGUUCUUUCUGGAAACAAUUUGGUUGGAUCAAUUCCCACAACAAUUGGCAACUUGAGAAACCUUCAGCGGUUUAACUUGAGUGACAACAAACUUACUGGAUUUAUUGGAGAUAACAUUUGUAAAAUGCAGCGUUUGGGUGAUAUUUACUUGGGUCAAAAUCAACUUUCAGGAUUUCUUCCUAAUUGCUUAGGAAACAUUACUUCCAUCAGAGAGAUACAUCUCAGUUCCAACAAAUUGAGUUCCAAUAUACCACCAAGCUUAGGAAACCUUAAAGAUCUAAUAGCUCUUGACUUAUCGUCAAACUACAUGGUAGGUUCUUUACCUCCAGAAAUUGGAAAUCUAAAGGCUGUGACACUGGUGGAUCUAUCAAUGAAUCAAUUCUCAAAUGGAAUUCCUAGAGAAAUUGGAGGAUUGCAAAAUUUGGCACACCUUUCUUUGAGACACAACAAGUUACAAGGAGCUAUACCUGACUCAAUGAGCAACAUGGUAGGUUUGGAAUUCCUAGACCUUUCUCACAAUAAUAUAUCUGGAAUCAUUCCUAAGUCUUUGGAGAAACUUCAAAACUUGAAGUAUUUCAAUGUUUCUGUCAACAAAUUGUAUGGUGAAAUACCCUCAGGGGGUCCUUUCAAGAACCUCUCGAGUCAGUUUUUCAUCCACAAUGAAGCAUUGUGUGGUUCUUUAAGAUUUAGUGUUCCGCCAUGCCCCACUUCAUCAAAGCACAGAUCAAAUAGGAAAAAAUUGCUAGUUCUUUUUCUUUUGCUCGCAAUUGUAGUUGUAUUUGUUCCUACGACCUUUGUGCUCCUAUGGAUAAGGCAUAGAAGAGGCAAGAGAGAUCCUCCACAAGUUGAGUCAUUGUCUACCGUAACAAAAGAAAGAAUUUCAUACAAUGAAUUGCUCCAAGCAACUGAUGGGCUUAGCGAGAGUAAUCUGAUUGGUUUUGGAAGCUUUGGCUCUGUGUACAAAGGCAUUCUCAGAAGUGGAAGUGUCAUUGCAGUUAAAGUGUUCAAUCUACAACUGGAUGCGGCAUUCAAGAGUUUUGAUACGGAAUGUGAAGUUUUGUGUAGCCUUCGCCAUAGGAAUCUCAUAAAAGUCAUUACUAGUUGUUCCAACCUUGAUUUUAAGGCUUUAGUUCUUGAGUAUAUGCCUAAUGGAAGUCUUGAGAAGUAUUUGUAUUCGCAUAACUACUUCCUAGACAUCAGGCAGAGGCUAAGCGUAAUGAUAGAUGUGGCAUGUGCAUUGGAAUAUCUUCACCAUGGGUGCUCAUCGCCUGUGAUCCACUGUGAUCUGAAGCCUAGUAAUGUCUUGCUGGACGAGGAUAUGGUUGCCCACCUAAGCGACUUUGGCAUUUCAAAGCUGCUUGGUGAAGAUGAGAGUUAUUUAUACACAACAACCUUAGCAACAUUGGGUUAUAUUGCGCCAGAGUAUGGACAAGAUGGAUUGGUGUCUACUAAAUGUGAUGUCUAUAGUUAUGGAAUCAUGUUGUUGGAAACAUUUACCAAGAGAAAGCCUAGUGAGUUUGAGGGAGAUGUUAGCUUGAAACAAUGGGUGAGUCAUUCACUUCCUGAUGCAGUAAUGGAUGUUGCGGAUUCCAACCUGGUUCCACCGAUGGAUAAUCACUUGAAGAGGAAUUUAGAUUGUGUAGCAUCAAUCAUGAAAGUGGCACUAGAUUGUUGUGUUGAAUCUCCAGCAAGACGCACAAACAUGAAAGAUGUUGUAGGGAUACUACAGAAGAUCAGGAUUCAACUUCUCACAUGUUGAACAUGCUCUUGGCGACUCUUGUUCCAAAAAACUUGUUUUGUUUCAAAUGUUUGUUAAAUAAAUGUAUUGAUGUGAAGAAUGAUUUUUUUGUUGGGCAAUUAAAGGAAUUUUAUUAAUUACCAAGUGGGAUAUUUACAAGACCAAGGGAUAGUACUCCUUGACUAUUGUGUAAUCGUUUACAAAAUGGAUCAAUUUGCGUAAGAUUUUACAUAUUGA